AUGCCCCUCCCAUCAGCUGAACACCAUCACAUCGUCUUCCUCCAGGGAUCGGUACUCGAGAUUCCCAAGUUUGAACUCCCCGCACCGUUCACCUACUCGCAAACCGUCUACGAUUGGACAUCGUCGGCCGAGGUUCCAGAUCGCAUUCGUGACGCCUCCAUAAUAAUUCUAUCCGCCGCCCGAGUUGAUGCUGCCGCACUGUCUCGCGAUGUGUCACCGCAUCUCAAGCUUAUUGUCAUGGUCGCUUCCGGUUUCGACUGCAUCGACCUUGAGGCCUGCAGUAAAAGGGGAAUCGUUGUCUGCAAUUGCCCAAACUCCAAUAUUGAAGCUGUAUCCGAGCAUGCGAUAGGGAUGUACUUUGCUGCGCGGCGAAGACUCCUAGAUAUGCAUAUGUCAACAAGGGCAGGGAAGUGGAAGGAAAGGGGACUUCUGAUGUUUGACUAUCUGGAUAAAGACGGGAUUCCGCCUCUGACUUGCCAGGAUGAAGUCGCCGGAAUCAUUGGAAACGGCGGCGUCGGGAAGAGAAUCGCCACACUUGCGCGUAAUCUAGGAAUGAAGGUGCUGGUUUCUGGCCGCAAGGCGUCUGCAACCUCAGAUCCCACCAGGGUCCCGUUCGAGACAGUCAUCAAGCAGAGUACAGUGCUUUUCAUUGCGGUCCCGCUUAUGAAUUCUACUCGGAACUUCAUCUCAACCCCAGAGUUCGAGAACAUGUCUUCCCAUGCCAUCGUAGUCAACGUAUCUCGAGGUGGUACCGUUGAUGAAGAAGCCCUAGUUCACGCACUGCGCGAGCGCAAAAUCUCUGGCGCAGCAACAGAUGUAUUUAACGGCGAGCCUGCAGGCCCUGAUACUUCGCCCUUGUUAUCAGAGGACGCUAAAGACCUCAACAUCAUUGCCACUCCGCACUUAGCCUGGCUGUCCCAAAGGACGUCAGUCAAUUAUGGCUCAAAGCUAAAAUUGGCAGUCGAGGCUUGGGCUGCAGGGCAACCUGUGAAUGUUGUGUCAUAA